GAAAAUCUCCCGCCAGAAAAGUGCUGGAAAAAGUAGCAUGAAAAGUCAAAAUAUCCCCCCAAAGUUUGUGAGUAGAAGCAUCUGGUGAAUGAAAGUCACAUCGGGUGACGAUGCUGAACGACUCCCCUGCAAAAGUAGAGCGCCACACAGAGCAUGUGAAUUUUCCUGACGAAUCUUCAGUAUCUCAUCCAAUUUCUUCCCAGUAAGUCGCAUUUCACUCCCCAAUUGAAUUAUUUCUUUUGGGCGAUAGAAAUAGCCACGGUGAUAAUGUCUGUUUUGGGCGCGAAAAAUGGAUGCUUUUGGCAAAAAUCUCGUGUGAGAUUGUCAUUGAACAGUGAGAGAAAAUGACUUCAUGCGCUCACCACUAUCAUGAAUCAUUCUAAUUUCGAUGCUAAAUCGAAACCAUUCACGGAUUCACGUUCCUCAUCCUCCUCAACAUCAUCGGGAUUUUCUCUAUUCCGUUGGUUCCGUCGAAACGAACGCGUCAGAUCCAAAAUAACUCCCAUUGCAGAACCCACAGAUAAUCCACAGAGAUUCAAUAGUUCAGAGACACUGAGUCCACCAGACAGCCCCAAUCUCAGUCGAGGAUACAGAUCACAGAGUUCCAGUUGUGAUAGUAUUUUGAGCACAGAAACAACAGGAUUUGCUUUUGUUCCUGCCACAUCUUAUCACCCCAUCGGAGGGAUAGAGAAUCAGCUUCCGAAGGCAUCUGGAAGUGAUUUAGACACUUUCCGGAGGCGCAUCUUGGAACAGAAGCGCAAUAGACAAGUUGAAUUGAAUUUAACGAAGAAAUACGGACUCUUUGCAACAGAUACUCUCAAAUCCGUUAAGGAAGAUGCUGAGAGAGUGGAUUACUCAGAUUUGAGUCUUCCAACGCCAGAUAUUCCUUCACGAUCUCACAGAAGAACUCACAGUGAAUCCUCGUCGAGAGGUAGAGUGAAGGUUCACGUGAAGGGAAAAAGAAAAGCACCUCAACCACCAAAAUUCACAGAAAAUCUCAAUAGGAAGAGCCUUCUGGAGAAUACAACUGUCUCACCGGCUUCAACUCUAGGACGGAAGAAAAGACGAGCACCUCAGCCACCAGAAGUGGCAGAAAAUGCCCCAAAGUCCAUCCUUGAGGGUGGUCUAUUGGACGAUAAGGAAAUUCAGGCAAUUCUCGGCGGAGAAUCACCAACAACCACUGAAUCAAUGGAUCGCAUUCGAAUGCCCGUAGCUGAUGAAGUUGGAGAAGAUGUAAUUGCCAAUGAUACUCUUAAACUCGAAAAGGGUGUCCUGAAGGCGAUUAAGCCGAUAGAAGUGAAAGAGGAAGCCAAAGUUGUAACACCGUCAUCACCAAUCUCACCUAGACCUUGGUACAAGAGACCACUAAGCGGCAACCGUGACACAUCGAUUCCCUUCAAAAAGGAAGUCAUCCUGAGAACCGUGGACAAGAGACGUCAUCGUGAGACCAAAGAAAAAGACAAUGAUGCCCUGCCAGAAGUUAACUACUCCAGAAAUUCCUCCUUAUUCGACAGUGCAAAGUUUGGGCUAUUUUCUCGACAUCCCACUCGUGAAGAGACCAAAAGAAGAUCAGGAAUUGGGAUACCCAAUAUCAGUGAACUCGAUCGAGAGGCUGCCGAAAUUGUGCAACAGGAAAAAUCUCGAGGACUAAGCCCACCGCAGGCUCUAAUCCUCAGACCUCAGAUGUUUGGCUCACCACAAUCAUCGCUGGACGAUGAAGAUGAAGAUGGACCCAGGAAGUCAACAAAGGAACUUAUCUCAAAAUUCGAAGCAUCAUCGAAUGGUGCUCGAAUCACACUCAACACGUCAUUUAUUGGGCGUACAGAUAACUUUGUCGACAGCCGCACGAGAGUGAGUGCAAAUGAAGAGACUAUAAAUAAAGUGGAUGGACUGGUAAACUCUCCAAUGGCACAGAAACGGAGUAUUUUUAGUGACACUCAGAGUCCACCGAAUUCACCAAUUAAAACCCAUCCCAAUGACAAUCUCAAGGUCCACGGCGAAGAGAAGGAUGACAAGGAAAAUUUAAAAUCAAUCGGCAUCUGGACAUGUCCUUAUUGCACCCUUGAGAAUCCCAAUUGGAGAAUUCUCUGUGAAGUCUGCGAGAGAAUCAAGCCUUAUGACAAACGUUUAGUUAAUCUCAUGGAACCGGAGAGAAAAGUACCAACUAGUCAGCAAAUUCGGCAGCCAUUAGCGCCAAAACCGUCCUCACCGAAGGAGAAUUGGGAACGAAAAGCGGAAAUAGUCAAGAGAUACUUCAACCCAGGUCAGGGUUUAAAUUCCCUGGCAAAAUCAGCAUCGGAAACAUCAAUUGGAAAGCCACCACAAAAGAGAAAUUCUCCUAGUAAACUAAUCGGAUCCCCAAAGUUUGGUUUCCGAGGUUUCAUGCAACGUUCAUCACCGGAGAAAGCCAAGGGGAUCAACGAGGAGGACAGUGAUUUGGAAAUGGAAUCCAGUGUGGUGUCUAAAGGAAGAGAUGGAACGCCAGACCUCGAAGAACUUCGAUUAGCACGACUAAAUAGAUUUAGAAUGGAGAAAGCAGUUAAUCCUUUAACUGACAGAGAUUCGCUUGAGAAAGAGAAGAAACGCCUCAGAGAGAUGAUAAGAGCCAUGAAUGCCAAAGCCUUAGCAGAAAAAUAUCCAGUAAUACAGAAAGCAGCUUCCUUGGACGAGGCAUCUUCACCAUCUAAGGGUGCCAUCAAGAAAACCUAUCCAAAUACAAAGUUAGUCAUCGAAGAGACCAAGAAAGAACCUGACAAAUCAACCAAAGUUUCCAGUUCUGCUCAAACUGGAGCUAUUUUAAAGAAAACUCCGUCCCCUGAAAUUGACGAGCAACCUCAAGAAAAACCAAUUCAGGCAACAGAACCCAUCUAUGCGAAUUUGAAUUGUCAGGUGAACCAUGUAAAGUUCUCGGAGGUGGAAAAGGCCAAGGUUGAUGAACUCACUGAACAAUUGAAAUCGGUCAAAGGGAGGGAAGAAUUCAAAGCAACACUGAAAUUUUCUGAAUUGUCCGGAAACACAGAUACAUUGGCUAUUAACAAAAUAAUGAAAUCCUUGGAGUUGGCCAUAGUUGAAGGACAACACGAAUUGGCAGCAACUCUUGCCAAAGAUUUAGCCAAGAUGAAGGUCUCGUUGUCUGUUACGAGACAGAAAACUCGGCCACUGUCCAUCACGGAUAUCGACAUGAAGCCAUUCAUGAUUGAUUUAUACGUGGAGGACAAGGUGGCUCACAAAGGACCUCUGCAGAUGUCCGUUAACAGUCAAAUGACUCUCAAGGAACUGAAAGACAAGGUUUCUAAGGACUUCAGCAUCCCAAUAGACGUUCAGAGAUGGAUCCUAAAUGAUCAACUAGCAACAGAUGAAACCAAGAAACUUAUCGAUUAUAGCAUUAGGGAUAGUUCUGCAGUGAUCUAUCUCUAUUUAGUUUCACCUCCUUCCAGGAAACCCAGUCACAAGGAUCCCAUGAAAUAUUUCCUCGCUGAAGAGGAUCAGUUCAGCAUUUGUGGUUCCGAUGAGGAAAUUCAGAAUGAAAAAGUCUUAACGGAUGUUGGCUUUGCUGAGGACAUCGGAGCAACUGCCCUACCUAUACCAAAAGAAUCAUCUGAUACCCUCGAAAAGGGAUGGCCUUGUCCACUCUGCACCCUUAUCAACUCCCCUACUCGCUUAGGCUGUGGAGUAUGUUCAGAGGCUCGUCCAUUGGACUAUAUGGUCCCACCAGACUAUCCGAAACCAGAUAAAACUCCCGAAGUACCCCAAGAAAAAGUGGACAAUGUGAUACUUCGUCCACUUGAGCGCAAGAACGAUCUCAAUCGCGUGAAUCCCAACAGAAAAUCCGCAGAAUUGUUCAACAUUGUCCAGGAAGAGAUUAGAUUUAAAAAUGCAGGAUUGCAAACACCUAGUCCCAAUAUCACCAAGAACAAAUACCGAGGAGUCUACAACUACAAUCCCAGCACCAAAUACUCUCAUCAAAUAUCUAGUCAAACUAAGAAAAUGGCUCCACAGCCUCCGAAUCUUCACAGAGAACUCCUCAACUUGGACAACGCAGACAUAGUAGCGAAUAUUGAAGCUUUUGAAUGCCCUAUUUGCUUUAUGAAGUUUCAACCUGGCGAGGGAGUGAUACUCCGAGAUUGCCUUCAUACUUUCUGCCGCGAAUGCCUUGGCCAUACAGUGGAAUACAGCGAAGAUGCCCAAGUUAAGUGUCCCUUCAUGAAUGCCGUAUACAGUUGCGAUUCCGUCCUGCAGGAUCGCGAAAUAAAAGCUCUCGUCACGCGGGACGUGUACGAAAAGUAUCUAGCCAAGUCGGUGCGACAGGCUGAACACAAAAUCGAGAAUGCCUUUCACUGUAAGACACCCAACUGCAGGGGUUGGUGCAUUUAUGAAGACAACGUGAACCUCUUUAAGUGCCCCGUUUGCCGGAUUACAAACUGUCUCACUUGUCAGGUAAUCCACGAUGGUCUUAAUUGCAAGCAGUACCAGGAUCGAAUGAACAGCGACUGCGACAGCAAUGUGGAUGCUCGUCGCACGAAGGAAAUGCUGGAGACGAUGGUGGACAAGGGGGAAGCCAUGAAGUGCCCCACGUGCCAAGUGGUGCUGAUGAAGAAGUGGGGUUGUGAUUGGCUCAAGUGUUCAAUGUGCAAGACAGAAAUCUGCUGGGUAACUCGAGGACCUCGCUGGGGCCCAGCUGGCAAGGGAGAUACCUCGGCGGGUUGCAAAUGUGGCGUCGACAGCAAGAAAUGCCACCCAAAGUGCAAUUACUGUCACUAAAGGCCCCAUCUGCAAAAACGUAAAAGGAAGUUAUAUUUUUCUUAGCAAAGAAAUUAAGCAAAUUGUGUGAAAGAUUGUGAUUAAACAGUAAAAAUUAUUUUUUAAAUAAAUAUUUCGACAAAUUACCUGACUGCCA